AUGUGCCAGCGCUCGAUCGCAACCCUUGUCCUCCACCCGCCUCAAAUCAAAACAUGUCCACAAGACGACUUUACCGAUUCACUCGACUCCAACAAUGUCGACUCCCAGAGACGCUGGAUGUCUUAUAUCCCCGGCACAAUUCCUGACUCAAUGUCACCAGAGUUGUCUCUCACUCUAAAUCGCUCUCAAGGUCAAAAUCCAAUGGUCUCCUUCCACCCCGUCAUCUUCGUCACAACAGCCCCAGCAACCCUCGCUACUCCAUAUCCGCAGUUCGUGCCCAGUGACGUGCUUGGAACGGAGAACAACCAUGAUGAAUCAAGCACGCCGAACCUCAUUUACGCGAACUAUGCUGCUUUCCCUCAUCUUGCUGCAGGGACUUUGGUUGAUCUCAAGUGGGUGGCGUUCUUUGGAGCUGCUAUGGCCGUCUUCCCUGCGUUCUUCUCCCUGAACUCGUUCCAAUGA